UUCCGUACCGGUGAGGAGCAACCGAAACCUAGCUUUGUGUGUCCGACAAGCUCGUAAGCCGUUGCCGUUUUACCUUACAACUGUUUGCCCCUAGUGCAACCGUUUGUCCACACGUGUUUCGCCAUGAAGCUGUUAAUCUGUGUGCUGAGUGUGUGCGCCCUGGCUGCGGCCCAGGACUUCAAGGAGUGUUUGGAUAAGGAUUCGAUUUCCUGCCUGCAGCUCACGUUCUACCGCAAGGCUCGUGACUUCUUCGACCAGCCGCAGAUCAGCCUGGCCGGUGGCCUAUCGUUCGUGAAGACGGCCGGACGCGAUUCGCGCUCGUACAACGCCGACAGUGCCCAGAUCGAGUCGGCCAACAGUGUGGAAACCCGCGAGGAUGCGCUCGAGAACUACGUGUUCGAACGCUCGGUCAGCUUCCUGCGCGAGCGCUCGCUGAACCUCGAUAUGGCCGGUGCUGCCCGCAGCCUGUCCACCGUCAUCCCGGAGGAGGUGAAGGGCCAGAUGCGCGCCAUGGUGGCGGAGGCCCGCGGCAAGAAGAAGAUCCUGAAGGCGCUCCUGCCCAUCCUUGGACUGGUGAAGCUGAAGAUCGUCGGUCUGGCCCUCUUGGCCCUGCUCGGCAUUGCGCUGAUCGCCAAGAAGGCGCUGAUCGUGUCCGUGAUCGCGCUCGUCCUGUCCAAGUUCCUGUUCCUGAAGAAGCUGCUGUCCAAGAAGGAGGAGCACACCUCGUACCACGGUUCGUCCGGUGGCUGGGAGUCGAGCGGAUACGGUGACUACGGUUCCCACAGCCAGCCCGCCCACUCGAUCGCGUACGCCGGCCACAAGCCAGUGCGAAAGUAAGCGCAUGGCACGCACGACACGCAACGGCACCGAUCCCUUUAACUUAUUCAUGCUAGAGACGGCGGCAAGCCGUGUAUGGGUGGCCACACCACCCUCAGCCCGAGUGUGGUGUCGCCCGAGAUCGAGAGAUUAAUUUAUUAACUUAGCCGAUAGUUGAGGAAUUGAUUUGUUCAUUUGUUUUGUUGUGACCAUGUUUUGCUCUACCAAACAGGACCGGGCACUGUCCCGCACUAGAUACACAAGCACCAACACAUACUCACACUCACACACAGGUGCACGCACACGCAUCACAGACGCAUGCAUUUCCUCCUUCGAACCGACCUGAAAGAGGCCCCUCGAUCCCGAUCCCCCGUGCGAUCGAAUCUCGAAACCAAACACGACACUAUCACUGAUCACUGAUAGCUGCUAUUUUACUAUUACUGUUACUUUAACUACUACUACUACUACUACUACUACUACUUUCGCCACUUUCGCUAUGGCGUACCUUUAAAGCAUCGUUUAACUUGUAAAAUCCCUGUCCCGUCCCAGCUGGAGCACUAUUCUUCAAUCUAGUCUACUAUAAUCCUUACACCCAGUUCGUUCAACCAAGGCCGAUUGAGGUAAUUCGAUCAGGCGUCCCGUACGAUUUUUAGUGUUUAGUAGUGGGCUACAAACCCCGGUUGCGGUGGUUGAUCGAUUUUCUUUACUACAAGAAGACGCAACCGCUGCCCGAGCCCGACCUGGUCCCGGACCGGUCUACCGUUCUCACACCAACGCCACUCAGCGCCUCCUUUUCGUUCCUCACUAGACAGCACUCUCUAUCCGCACUCUUGUAGGGCGUGCGGAGCUGUUUCACCGGCUUCUUAAGCUGCGCGCUGCUCCGUUCGCUGAUUUAUUUUAAUCAAACCCAAUUCUACCGAAUUCUGGGGUUCUAGUCUAUUCUACCAGCUAGAUUUUCAUCUGAACAGACGCGGUGCGAUGAUAAGGGUGCGAGGAGGAAUGCAGGAGCGCAUUAGCCGAUCGCACCGUUAGGCUCAGCGUAAGGGGUGGCUUCCUGGGCAUAAUUUUCCGAGGUUUGAGGCGUAUCGUGUACCGGUGGUUUGCAAUCCGCUUGCCAACUUCUCCGGACCGGGCGUCCACACUCCAUGGAAUACGGGAUAGCGAGCCGAGUUCGCUAACUGUUAACACUCCAUGGCAAUUAUGCUCGGGGAACCACCGUACCUGCCCGCGGACUCUGCUCACGCUUCUCCUGCUCCUCCUCACCCCGAACCGUCUCACUCUCGCUGGGAGGCGUUUCUCCCGGCAACGAAAAACAGCAAACCCACCCCGAAACAGCAAACCGUACAGGAAACGGAAUCUCUUCCGGGAGAAGCCCCGAGACUCUUGACGCUUGUACGCACAGACAAGAAAUUCCUCCCUCCCAUAGAAACAGCCACCAACAGCAACAACGAAAACCAUUGUAAAUAAGAGCAAGUGAGAAAUGCAAAGAGGCAAUAAGAGCAGAAAUCAAAAGAAAUAAAGAAAUGUGAAAAUAAAGUUACGAAAA